AUUUUCUCAUUAUUCAUAUUCGAUUUGUCUCCUUUGAUAGCGACUUGCAAGCGAAGGUAAGUUCUCACGUAUCACAGCCCUAGAGUGCUUCCUGCUAUAAACGCAAAGAAUACACACGCACCGUUGAGAAGUCUGUUGAAGAUACAUUUGGACGAGCUAUUUAAAACUGCUAAGGAUUGUCAUUCAGCACAGCUGAAAACCAGUUAUUGACUUGAGUUAAUGUCCCUGUCUCUUUGAUGUUAUGUCGAGCAGACACGAACUUGAUUCUAUAAUGGAAAGCAAGGCCGUAAAAGCCGCCCAGAAUGAGUUGAACGGGUUUGAAGCAAUGAGUCUUCUACUGGGUGAUUAUGGAGAUAAGCUCGAGAUUACUGGAGAGGUGGUCAAAGCUGCAGUAAGAAAUGAGAGGAGUGGUCCUAAAGUGCUGGCUUUGCUGCUUGAGGAACGAGGGGACAAGGUUAGGAUUACCGAAGAGGUAGUUAAGGCUGCAGUGAGAAAUCAGUGGAGCGGAGAGAGUCUGCUGGCUUUACUCCUUGACAAACGAGGUGGUGAGGUCAAGAUUACUGAAGGCCAAAAUGAUCAUAUAUGGAUACGGAAGCUCCAGGGUACCGGAUACAGUCUCCAGGAGAUCGCCAAUCUUCUGUUGGACGAAGUGCAGGACUCUCUUUGGAUAUUUUUCGAACCAACCGAAAUUGCUUGUUUUGUGAUCCAACCAAAUAGGCAUGUUCCGCGAUGCUCACAUCGGUAUUGUUCAGAACAGCAAUAUUUAUUAGAGGACCCACGAGGGUGGUUGUCCAAGCAGGAACCGGCAGCUGGCGACUUUAAAGAUGUGCUUGAGAUAGUUGAAGAACUUUGUGGUCUGGCUGGAAUAGGCCCAACGGCGCGAACAGAAUCUGACUGGGUUGGGUUCGUUGAACUCCACGAGGAUAAUCAGUCGGCUGUCGUGUCCUAUAUACUAGCUACUGACGAAAUCCCCAUGUUCAGUGUUGACCGUCUCUGGUCGCGUAUAUCUCAGGCCCUGGAAAAGUUAUGCUGUGCAGCUGGCCUAAUACAGGCGAGGGAUCUAUGCUGCAACUCAUUUACCUUUCUACGGCUUCGAAACGAGAAUCUUGAAGCGCCAGCCAAACCCCUCGGAGAAGUAGUUCGAGUAGGUUUCCAGCUUCAAAAGUAG